AUGGCCCUCGAAGCAUUCACUGUUACCGCAUCUGCACCACACAAGGUUGCUGCCCCAGAAGAAGCUAAUGCUUUCUUUGUUCUCCAACACGCCUCACUUGAGGGUUCUGAGAGCACUCAACUCUAUGCCAAGUUUGAAGAGGCCACCGUCCUCUUGUGCACCCUCUCUGCUGCUGUCCCACAGCACUCAAUGAGCAUCCCAUUCAUGACUGAAGAAGUUGAGUUCUCAGUCAAGGGUAAAGGAACCAUCCACGUCAUUGGAAACUUCGAUAUUGAAGAAGAUGACUUCGGAAUGGACGAGGAAGACAUGGACGAUAUGGAAGGAAUGGAAGAUAUGGAAGAUGAUGAAGAAGAAGAACCAGCCGCUCCAGUCAAGGUCGCACCAAAGAAGGAAGCCCCAAAGAAAGAGGAAAAGAAGGUCGAGAAGAAACCAGUCCCAAAGGAAGAAAAGAAACCACAACACCAAGAAAAGAAGGAAACUAAGAAGGCUGAUGUCAAGGGAAAGCAUGACAACAAACAACAGAACAAGAAACACGGAAAAAAGUGA